AUGUCGGACGAGACACAUACCCAGGCCCUCAAGAGAAAAUAUGAUGAGUUACAAGCAUCAAAUACAGCAUAUAAAGAGAUAUAUGGGACCCUCAAGGUUGCACCGAAAGCGGACGCUGAGACCCUCUUUGAACAGAUCAGGGGCGGUAGAGAUGUAGAGACCUUAGUUCGUCGGAUUGAAGAAGGUAAUCUCUUAUUGCAACCCGACAUGAAGAAGAAGGGGUCUUUUAGUUCCCCAUGUUUCCGGCAACUACUGUCGUGGAAGCUUUAUCUGCCUGGUUUAUGUCAAAACCGAUUGCCAGACGAUAUAGAUCACUCUACCACCCUUACUCUUCCUCCACGGCCACUUGACGCGUAUAUGUCACACUCGAAAGAUGACAUGUGGACCCAAAUCGGGUGGACAAAGGCUCACAUACGUCACUUGAUCGACGUUAUUUUUAUUUGGGAUUAUCUGCCAUUUAGUCUUUUUUGUUACGAUCAUUUUCUGCACAGCUUCUAUAGCGACUCGACGCGGUUUUGUUCUUCAGCGUUAGUAUGCGCCCUCCUCGCGCUGGCAUCUCGAAUAGUCAACGAAGAUAAAGAUGACCACAAAAUCCUUCCUUCUGGUUGGAUUGGGAGUAGAAUUUUCUUCGACAAGGCUACAGAAAAAUUGCAGCAGAGUUCUCCCAAGACGCUUCCAGAUACGCAGGCCAUUGGAAUACUGUCACUCUAUCAUCUGCGUUGUGGACAAGAGAUUAAAGCUCAGGAGUGCUCUGAUACUUUUGUUGCUACAAUAGCAGAGGUCUGCGUUCAUGAACCUCUCAUGGACAAGGACAAGGAGCAGUACACUACGGUACGGGACACUACGUACUGCGGCGCCGUAUCUUUGUCUCGGUAG